ACAAUAUUGCGCUCAUAAUUCUGCUUCUCUUCUUCUCUUCCUUCUCUUCGGUGACGUACAUCGCUGAAUCAUGACCUUUUUGUUAAAAACCACAACCUUUGAGCAGGCUAUCGUGUAAUCGGAAUCCGACCCUCUCAAUUCUUCUUCUUUUUUAUCUCUAGCUCACGAUCUUGCCCUCUUUGGCCUUUUCGAUUUUCUUGCAGGAAUGAGCUUCUUCAAAGACCUUGUUGAUUCCCUCUCCUCCUUAUUCCCCUCUGCUGCGUCGGUUUCUUUUUCCGCUCCUCCACCGCCUCCGGCUUCCGAGGCUGUGAUGGAAGCUACUUCGGUCGUCAAUGAGCGGGUCGUCCUCAAGCUGAAGGGCUACUUUGAAUUGGCAAAGGAGGAGAUUGCUAAGGCAGUGCGAGCCGAGGAAUGGGUCCUCAUCGACGAUGCCAUCACGCACUACAGGAACGCUCAGCGCGUGAUGCUCGAAGCGAAGGCUGCCAGGCUACCCCCGGCACUAUCAUCGAGAGAUCAUCGCCUGGUGAAGGAUUAUCAGCAAAAGAUUUCAAAAUGGCAAGAGCAGGUGUCUGAGAGAUUACAAGUUUUAUGUCGGAGAGCAGGUACAUCGUCAUUGAAGGCUAGCACUAACCACUCACCAACUGGAAAAACAUCAUCUAUGGGGUCAAGUUUGAGGAGAGGUAAUUUCAUAUCAGGAAACGAGAGUGAUAGUGGCAAAGGCUCAAAGCACAUUCAAGGUUCUUCUGGUGCUAAUGAUUCCAGAUUGGUUGAAAUGAUAAAUAUGGUUAUUGUUGAUAAAAGCCCUGCUGUGAAGUGGGAUGAUGUUGCUGGUCUAGAGAAGGCAAAGCAAACCCUUUUGGAAAUGGUUAUCCUGCCAACUAAGAGAAGGGAUUUGUUUACUGGACUACGGAAACCACCGAGAGGACUACUUCUCUUUGGGCCACCAGGAAAUGGUAAGACAAUGCUCGCCAAGGCUGUUGCUUCGGAAUCAGAGGCUACAUUUUUCAAUGUUUCGGCAUCCUCCUUAACAUCUAAAUGGGUUGGAGAGGCAGAAAAACUUGUCCGGACUCUUUUCAUGGUUGCUGUUUCUAAGCAGCCCAGUGUUAUUUUUAUGGAUGAGGAAAAGCUAAAUGUUGGUGGUAACAUAGAGGAGUAUGAGGUUUUGGAGCAGAUUGGCAGAGGGGCAUGUGGCUCUACUCUUCUUGUGAAGAACAAGGUGGAAAAGAAGAAUUAUGUCUUGAAGAAGAUCAUACUUGCUCGACAGACAGAUAGAUGCCGCAGAUCUUCUUCGCUAGACAUUGCUCCUUCUGCGGUAUCUUUGACACUCAACGACUUCGGCAUCUCGGCUUCAGCAAUUUUGGCGUGA